CAGCAGACACGCACAGACACAAAAACAGUUGGAGGAUCGAAGCAAGCCGCGACCGUUGACAUUGUGCAAAAAGUUGCUUUUUUUUCGCGAAAUUUUGGAAGUUUUGGAUAUUUUUAGGGAAAAUUUCGACACACAGCAACGAUGGACCGUUUGGCGAGACUUCGGACUCGCUCGUCGGCGGGUGGGCCGUUGAAUGCCAGCACGACGUCUUCGCUGGCCGCCGGUUACGAAACGGCCAACGAUGAGAGUUUGGUGUCCGGUUCCGGCUCGAUUUACUUCUCGAUGAGUGAGGAUGGGACCAAAACAACGGCCGGUGAGGAAGAAGCCGUCGCGGAGGAGGAACCGACGCUGUCCGGGACGUUGGCCAUUUCCGGCCACUCGUCGUCCGGGGUCGUCGAUCAAACGCUCGAGAAUGACUUUUCCGUGGAGGAGGUCAGCACGAUCCGGAAGGCGACGAUUGCGCACGCUUCGCCGGCGACUGUUCAAGUGGCCGCCGGAAUGGCCGUUAAGUAUCUGGGCGUUUCGUCGACGCCGGCGGCCGUCCCAAAGACGCCCAAAUCGGUGGCCAAACCGAAAGACCUCAGCGGGAUCGAACAGCUGGACCAGACGCCCUCGAUUAUGAAAAAGAUGCGCGAUCCGAAAACCCCGGCGGAAUCGCCCUAUUGCGAGGAUCCGGAAGAGAGCAAGGUCACCCUGGACGGGAGCGGCCUCCAGGGACCAGUCCCGAGCAACAAGUCGUACGGCACCAACGUGUUGGCCAACUUUUUCGCCUCCCUCGACGUCAACUCCGCAACUCCAGGCCAGCCGGAAAUCAAAGUCACCGAACCGGAAGAAGCCCUACAACCCGCUCCGCCGACCACAUCCGGAACCACCCCCAACACCAAGCGAGACUCCAACUCGUGCGAAAACUUUUUCGAAUCCCUCAAGAAAAACCCGACCACGGACGCCUCCUCCCGGCGCAAGUCCCUCGUCCGGAAGUCGCUCAUCCCGAAGGUCGCGGCCAUCGCCCGGCAGAACCGCGUCGCGUCCCCAAUCUCUCGCCGAUCCACCGCCGUACGCCUCAUCCCGGACAAGCUGCGCGAAAUGCGCAAGACGAACCAAACCGCCGAGCAGCUGGUCCAGUUCCGCCGGAAGUCGGUGGCCGUUCCGAGCGCGGCGACCACAACGGUGAAAAAGAGCGACGAAUCGGUUCCGGUGCGCAAAUCGAUGGCCGUGGCGGCGGUGAAGGCGGCCAGUGCCGGUGCGGUCGCGAGCCGCAAGUCGGUGGUGCCACCGGCGACGGCCAACGGCCGCAAGUCGGUGCUUCCGGCGGUGAGCGCCGUGAGGCGUGGAGUCGUGUCCGCGACGGCAGCCCCGCGCGUCGCCCUCAAAAUCCCCGCCAAGACAACCCUGUCCAACGGUCCCGACGGCAGCAGCAGCUCCUCCUCCUCGAGCCUCACCUCGGCCUCCACCCGCCGCACCCUCCUCGGCAAACGUCCCGCCACAGCAGCCGCCCCCGUAACGGCCACGUCCUCCCUGCCGGACAAACUCACGAGCGCGGAACAACCCGCGGCCAAACAGCGCAAAUCGCUGGCCCCCGUCAAGGAAGCGAUUCGCGUGUCCCCGCGGAACAAACCGGUUACCGUUCACCAGCAAUCCCGAAUCCGUCCGCCAACGUCGGCGGCGGUGUCGUCUUCGUUCAAGAAGCCGGAAACGUUCACCUGUGGCCAGUGCCAGCGCAUCUUCCGGCUGCGGUCAUCCUACGAGACGCACCUGAAGACGGUCCACCAGAAUUCGCCACCCCAGCCAUCAUCCCCCACCAAGAGCUCCGACGUGGUCAGCUCCGGUGCCAAGUGCCAGUACUGCGGCAAGGCGUUUGCCGGGGCCCGGUUCCUCACGAACCACGUCGUGUCCAACUGCGACAAGGUUCCGCUGCCGGAGAAGCGCCGCCUGCUGGCCGAGGGCGAACGGGAAAGGGCGGCCAGCGUGAAGCGCGGCGGCACGCCGGAUGCCGCCAAGAGGAAGCAGCAGCGCAUGUCGAUCCGUCCUCCGACGACGACCGGAAGUGGCUCGUCCUCGGCGAAUCGCAGUGCCAGCAGCUCGACGACGACCCGUUCGGGCGACGAAACGGACACGUCCACGUGCAGUAGCAAUGGGGGAGGAGGGGGUGGCGGAAUGACCCGGAAGAAGGUGACGGUGCCGUCUCGCGGCGGUGGUGGCGGCAUCAGCCGGACGCCCAACAAGGAGCUCAAGUGUCAUCUGUGUGCGCGCCGGUUCUUGAACGCGGUGGAGUACGCGCUGCACGUGCAGGCCCACGCCAAGAAUGGGAAGCCGGCGGCCGUUGGAACCGGAACGGGAGGUGGUGGUGACGGGGAGGACGUGGAGAAUCAGCAGCAGGAGCAAAUUGCGUCGGAGGAGGUGUCCAAACUGGUGCAGAAGCUGGUCACGCUGACGAAGGGCAGUGGCAAGGUGGCCGGGGCCGUGCUCAAGAGUAGCAACGUCAAGAAGUAGUGCAAACAACGA